CCCAAUUUCCACUAACGGUAAUGUUCUUAGCCAAUCACAUACAUAUAAAUCAAACUUACACCCAAAUCCGUCACACUCAAUUUCAUCUCUUUCUCUAAUGGAGUUGCAACAAUCAAAUCUCGAAACACCUCUCAAAACCCAACACGACCACCGAAAAAUCACCACUUCAAACCCUGAAUCAUCUCCGCCUCGACCUUUCCCGGAAUCCAGCCGGAAACAUGAUUCUCCUCCUCCCCGAGCCUCCACCAACGAGCCAAUGAAGAAAAUCGGAACUCCGGAGCGUUUAAGAGUCCCAAUAGCUUUCAAGUACCCAGAGAGGUACAGGAGCCCAACUGAUGCAAUGAUGUCUCCAGUUACUAAAGGUCUUCUCGCAAGGACCAGAAAGUCUUCCGGUUCUCUUAUUCCACCCAGCUUUAACCAAACCAAGAUUCAAGAACUACGCAAACCGGAAUCGGGUUUAUCAUCUGUCAGUUGCUGAAAAGUGAAGACAUUAUGAAUUUGUUGCAUGUAUCUAAUGUAUUUCUCGGCUAUAAUAAAAGAAAUUGAUUUACUCUUGUCUUGUUUUGCUGUUUUGUUAAGAUUAAACCGUCAAAUAAAAAAAAUAGUUAAUUGUG